UCGCUGUCGCCAUGCCGGCGUGUGUCGAGCCCGUUCCUGACGGCGCCGGAACUGGUGCCGCCGGAGGUCUUCUUGCCUCCGUUGUCGUCGCCGCGGCAGCAGCAGCAGCGGUCGCCGUCGCCGCAGCGUCUGCCGAAUCCCGAAAGCCCUCCACUGGAAGCCGGAGACCUGCAGCGAAGGCGUCGACUGCCGCGUAUCACCUACUCUAUGUCCCAGGACUCACACCUGGUGGGUCCUGGUCCAGAGCGGGCGUUGUAUCCGGCACUCCCAUACUCACCAUUCAGCUCGCCUUCAUCUUCACCCCGGCUCGGCCGCAGCAUACGCGAGUCACGCAGGGUCUCCAUCGAGGCCCACAAGGGCUACACGCAGCUCAACCAGUACAGGCUCAAGGAGGAGAUCGGACAGGGUUCUUUCGGUAUUGUAAAGCUGGCGUACAGCGAAGAAGACGACAGCCAUUAUGCAAUGAAGAUCUUGUCCAAGAAAAAGCUUUUGAAGAGGGCUGGAAUGUUCGGACGCCAGCCACCCCCUCGGAAAGGGCGCAGCAAUAGCACCAGCAAUCCUUUGGACCAAGUCUACCACGAAAUAGCCGUCCUUAAAAAAUUGAAUCACCCAAACAUCGUCAAGUUAGUUGAGGUUUUAGAUGACCCUGAUAGCGAUAACCUCUACAUGGUUUUCGAAUUUCUCGAGAAAGGGCCGGUGAUUGAGAUUCCGACGAGUACGCCCCUCUCCGAGACUCAAGCGUGGACGUACUUCAGGGACGUCGUGCUGGGAAUGGAGUACCUUCACCACCAAAAGAUUAUCCACCGUGACAUCAAACCAUCGAACCUGCUGCUGGAUGACAAAGGAAGAGUACAGAUUGCCGACUUCGGCGUCUGCAACCAGUUCGAAGGCGUGGACGCCCUGCUGUCUGGUACAGCAGGCACGCCGGCCUUCGUUGCACCGGAAGCCCUCAGCGAGAACCGAAGCGAGUACAGCGGCAAAGCGGUGGACGUGUGGGCGAUGGGUGUGACGCUCUACGCCUUCGUCGUGGGUAACGUUCCUUUCCACGAUCCCAGCGUGCUCAUCCUGUACAACAAGAUCAGAAACCAGCCCGUAGUCUUUCCCUCCAACAUCAGCACCGAACUGCAAGAUCUGCUUUCACGUAUGUUAAAGAAAAACCCCGAGGAGAGGAUCACAGUUCCUGAAAUUAAGGUGCAUCCAUGGGUUACCCGUAAUGGAAUGUUCCCGAUGCCGUCUGAAGGCGAGAACUGCGUCUUUGUCGAAGUCACAGAGGAGGAGAUCGACAACUGUGUGCGCACGAUACCCAAGCUCGACACAUUGAUCCUGGUUAAGAGCAUGUUGAAGAAGCACUCAUUCGGACAUCCCUACAAGGACGUUCCCCGCCAUCGCGCCCACUUCACCAAGGCAACUCGUUCCAAUUCAGCACCUUCCUCCUUCGACCUGUUCCUCGAAAGGAAAGUCUCUCUGGAAAGUCCGCUGCCGGCCCUCAACGAAAUCAACUUCCUGGACCAGACAUAGCGGCAGCUCGAAGAGCGGGCUGCUGUAUCGCCAACGUGGCCGGACUUGACCACUGGUGGGCGGUCGACGUGUAGAUGACGUCUAACGAUGAAUGCGACGACGAUGGCGACGAAGCAAGAAAGAAGCCUUGGACGUCAUGCACGACUGUCCGGUGCAAACGCAGCCGCGACGAAUGGACAUUAACGCGUUGCGACUGCCCGGUGCCUAUACCUCCGAAAGCCAGCAUUACACCUCAUUCACACGCGGUUGGCGCGACUCCCAUUUCAGCUGUAUUCAUCGUUGCACAGUAACCACAAAAACCAGUCUACAGCAUGUGACAUUUUUUGCCCCGCGCCUGAAUAUGACUUGGAGUGCAGUUGCUUCACCUCAUUGUCCCAUCUGUUUGAUACACUUCUUUGUAUCGAUUUUACUCUGCGCAGCAGAGAUGUUGCACUUGCCAACGGCUGCAUAUAUAUAGUCUUUUGGUUUCGUUAUUAUCGCGGUUGGUUUCUCUUUAUGUCAAUUAUUGCCGCCUCAUUCUAGUGCUGUCAGCACGUCUGCCAUUGUGUUCGAGACCACUGCAUUUCGUGAAGCGGCACUGUCGAUGGUUCGACGAACUGCGUGCACAUGCCUUUUACAGUUGGGCUGAUCAAGUUCUUUUUUUAUAGGUCAAUGAAUGCAACCCUAA